AUGCUCAAGAAAUCACUGGUCUUCAUAAAAUUAUUCGCCUACAUCAUCCGGCUCUACUGCGACGCAAUCCGCCGGACGGGCAAGGUGCGCCGAUAUGCUCGCUCCCGACAGAAGUCUUCCGCUACCACUGAACCGGAGAAAUCUCGCUCCAUCGUGAUUGUCGGUGCCUCGUUUGCUGGGUAUCACGCAGCUCGACUAAUCGCAACCUCCCUACCACCUGACAGCCCUUACAAAGUCAUCGUCAUCGAGCCCAAUACCCAUUUCCAGUUCACAUGGGUACUACCACGAUUCUGUGUCGUACCUGGCCACGAACAUAAAGCUUUCAUCCCGUACGGACCGUAUCUUGCCGGUGCACCGGUCGAAUGGAUUCGAGAUCGCGUCCAGACCGUCGAACGGACGUGCGUCAGGCUUCAGAGCGGAGAGACGGUGCCGUAUGAGUUUCUAGUAAUAGCGACAGGUUCCUCGCAGGGUGGACAGCUGCCUUCGCGGGUGGGCGCAGAGACCAAAGCGGAGGGAAUAAAGCGUUUGCAGGAAGUGCAGGAGCGAAUUAGGGAAUCGAAGCAUAUCGUCGUCGUCGGAGGCGGGGCUGCAGGUGUAGAGAUCGCCGCCGAUGCGAAGGAGCAAUAUCCAGAUAAGGGUGUUACUCUAGUACACUCACGAGGCGGCGUCAUGAACAGAUUUGGCCCGGAAUUGCAGGAUGCUGCGCGAAAAGCCCUGGAAGGUUUGGGCGUGGAAGUAAUCCUCAACGACAAAGUGGCCCACGAGGCUUUGGAAGAGGGUCAUGUGGUGUUGAAGUCCGGAAGAACCGUGAAGGCCGACUAUGUGGUGAACUGCACUGGUCAAAAGCCGGUAUCGGGCUUAAUCGCCCACCUGAGCCCGGGAAUCAUCGAGCAAUCGGGACACAUCAGAGUUAAACCAACAAUGCAGGUAUCAGACCAGAACCUGCCUAAUAUAUACGCAUGCGGAGACGUCGCUUCGACGCGCGGAGACAAGCCCAAUGCCCGUUCUGCAAUGCACCAGGCCACUGUCGCGGCCGAUAAUGUCGUUCUGGCAGCCAUUGGCAAACAGCCACGGUGUGAAUACAAACCCCAUUGGGCAGAUGGGGUGAUAAAAUUAACCCUUGGAUUGAACAAAUCUAUCACGCACUUCGAGCAAAGAUCGACAGCCGAGUUGUUAUUCCACGCGAAGGAAAAGGACAUCGCGCUUAUGGCUGAAGGGGCGUGGAGGAAUAUGGGAGCAACCCCAUUUGAAGAACCGGAUUUAGAGUCGGGGAAUGGCAAGUGA